UAGCUCCACUCCCACUUCCUGAGCCUGGCCGCUGGAGCCCUGGAGGCCAGGCCCGGCCGCUCCCGGCCCCGGGGGGCACGUCGGCCCAGCCGCUGGGCUUGGGAAGCAGCCGCCAUCGCCGCUUUGGACGUAUAGGCUUCCCACCUUCCUCCCAGGCCUCCACACGCCUGGUCGACGGGUCCAGUGGCCGCCAUGCGCCUGCCCUGGGCGGUCUUUCCCUGCGGCCUGGCCUGGGGGUCACUCCUGCUGGGCCUCUGCGGGCUCCUAGUGACAUCCCAGCCCCAGCUGGUGCCCCCAUACAGAUCGAAGAACCAAACCUGCUGGGACCAGGAAAAGGAGUACUACGAACCCAAGCAUCAGCUCUGCUGCUCCCGCUGCCCCCCAGGCACCUAUGUCACAGCUGAAUGCAACCAUAGCCAGGACACACAUUGUGCCAUGUGCGCUGAAAACUCCUACAAUGAGCACUGGAACCACCUCACCAUCUGCCAGAUGUGCCGCCCCUGUGACCCAGUGCUGGGCUUCAAGGAGGUUGCGCCUUGCACCAGCCAUCGCAAAACUGAGUGUCGCUGCCAGCCAGGAAUGUUCUGUGCCCAACGAGCCCCUGAGUGUGUGUUUUGUGAUCUACUUUCAGAGUGCCCGCCCGGCACUGAAGUCGAGCUUAAAGAUGAAAUCAGGGAGGAUGACAACAACUGUAUCCCCUGUAAGGCAGGACACUUCCAGAACACUUCCUCUCGCUACGCCCACUGCCUACCCCACACCAGGUGUGAGGACCAAGGCCUGGUGGAAGAAGCUCCAGGCACCCCCGAAUCUGACACAAUCUGCAUAAAACCACCAGAGCCACUGCCUCCUGAGAUGCCAGGAACCAUGCUGGUGCUGGCCAUCCUGCUGCCAUUGGUCUCCUUUCUGCUCCUCACCACUGUCCUCGCCUGCACCUGGAAGAGCCAUCCCUCUCUCUGCAGGAAACUGGGAUCUCUGCUCAAGACGCAUCCAGAGGUAAUGGGGGAGGCUGAGAAGACAGCAAGAAGGGGCGGAGGUGAUGAGGGGGAGGAAUCCCCUUCGUGUCCUCCUCCGAAAGCCAACCCACAUUUCCCUGACCUGGUAGAGCCACUUCUGCCCAACUCUGGAGACUUGUCCCCAGCCCCUGGUGGGCCCCCACCAACUCCAGCUUUGGAGGAAGUGGUGCUACAACAGCAGAGCCCUCUGAUCCAGACCAGGGAGUUGGAGGCCGAGUCUGGGGAGCAAGGCCAUGUGGCCCAUGGUGCCAAUGGCAUUCAUGUCACCGGUGGCUCUGUGACCGUCACUGGCAACAUCUACAUCUAUAAUGGUCCAGUACUGGGGGGAACACGGGGUCCUGGAGACCCCACAGCUCCCCCUGAGCCUCCAUACCCCAUUCCUGAAGAGGGUGCCCCUGUAUCUUCUGAGCUCUCUACACCCUACCAAGAAGAUGGGAAAGCUUGGCAUCUGGCUGAGACAGAGACAAUGGGUUGCCAUGCCCUCUAACAGGGGCCCAAGGAGCUAGUUGGUCACCCAUGUUUGACGGUGUCUGAGAAACACAAGGAAAAGAGAGGCCCAAGAGCACCUUCUCCUCGGAGGCUGCCUACCCACACAGAACUCACAUGGAGCCUGCGCAGGGCCCUGAGAGGCAGAGCUUUAAAGGACCGGGCCUCAGACACCUCUUGGAGAGCAGGGUCACGUACUCGCUGGGUACAGUGCCCACUACAGGACUCUCACCACUGCCUGAGCAAGCCCAAGAACUUAUUGCAGACCCACCUGCCCACUGGGGCUGCAGCAGCUCAGCCUCAGGCACCGACAGGGCAUAUGACGCUAAACUUCUGCCCACUGUGGCACUCUGCAUCCAAAGCAUGGCACACAGGGGAGCCAGUCACAUGUUCACUUGCAAGGACAUCCUGGGACCUCUAAAGGAUUUGUGGUGCUCAUCCCCGAGUUUCAGAGACCCUUUGAGGGCCCAUACUUCAUGUGAACUGAGAUGGACCCUGAAUGAAGAUGAAGUUAUGUGGAGGACCAUCCCUCCUCUUACCUCCUGGAGGAGAGGAAAGCAAGUCAAUGAAAACUGGGGUUUGGGAAGGGUUACUAGGUAUGGGGGAGAGUUUGGGAAGGGGGAAAAAUGGCAAGUAUAUUUAUGAAUUUAACCACAUGCAAAUAAAGAGGAGAUUGAGAUUCAAAUAA